ACCUAGGGUUUUGUGCUGAGAGGAGUUCCCCUGUGGGUGAGAGAGGAUACUGUCCUUGUGGAAUCCCCUGAUCUGGUGUCAGAUGCGCACAGGACUCGCACGCUCACUUCUGUCCUCUGACGCUUCUGUCUUGGAAAGGGCUGUUUGAGGAACUGGAGUACAUGGAGUUCGGGAGCCCCAGGAGUGCGGGAGCCCAUGAGGGGGAUGCUGCUUCUCUCCCAGCAGGCUGGAGGUGCAUCAGGUCAGCUGAAGGGCGCAGGAGCUACAUCAGUGGUGCAGAAACCAGGUGGGAAUGGCCAGGCGUUCCACUCUCCACAUCAAAGGCUGAACGGACACGCAAGAGCUCAGUGAACGGAUGCCGUCCUCAGGGAGCCCCUGUCCAUCAGCUGGAGAAGGCAUCCAUGGCAUUGCAGAGGCACAGCGCCAUCCACCAGAGCCCCGGGUCUCUUUCCCCAGCCAGGAGGCAAAACAAGGAGAAGGAAAUCAAGGAGACAAAAACCACGGUUAACUUCGUCACUUUCCCGGUGUCCCAAUCCACCCCGGAGCAGCAACUGCUGAAACCCAAUGAGUGGAGCUACUGCGACUACUUCUGGGCUGAUAGGAAGGACCCUCAAGGGACCACCACAGUGUCAGGAUUCGAGGUUCUGCUGCAGAAGCAGCUGAAAGGAAAACAGAUGCAGAAGGAGAUGGCCGAGUUCAUCAGGGAAAGAAUAAAGAUCGAAGAGGAGUACGCCAAGAACCUCUCCAAGCUCUCCCAGAUCCCGCUGGCGGCGCAGGAGGAGGGGACUCUGGGAGAGGCCUGGGCGCAGCUGAAGAAGAGCCUGGCUGACGAAGCAGACGUCCACCUCAAAUUCUCCUCAAAGCUCCAGAGUGAGGUGGAGAAGCCCUUGCUGAUGUUCAGGGGGGACAACUUCAAGAAGGACAUGAAGAAGUAUGACCACCACAUUGCUGACUUGCGAAAACAGCUGGUCAGUCGCUACGCGGCCGUGGAGAAGGCCCGCAAGGCACUGGCUGACAGGCAGAAGGACCUGGAAGUGAAGACCCAGCAGCUGGAGAUCAAGCUGAGCAACAAGACAGAGGAGGACAUCAAGAAGGCCCGGCGGAAAUCCACGCAAGCAGGUGAUGAUCUGAUGCGCUGCGUGGACCUCUACAACCAGGCCCAGUCCAAGUGGUUUGAGGAGAUGGUUACUACAAGCUUGGAGCUGGAGAGGCUCGAGGUGGAGAGGGUGGAGAUGAUCCAGCAGCACCUGCGCCAGUACACGACCCUGCGCCGCGAGACUGACAUGUUCAACCAAAGUACCCUGGAGCCAGUUGAUCAGCUCCUCCAGAGUGUGGACCCAGCCAAAGACAGAGAGCUGUGGGUGCGGGAGCACAAGACAGGAGAUCUGAGACCAGUGGACAUGGACAUCUAGACGACACGGACCUCAGAAUAACGCAAACACAUGCAUGACUGUGCGCUCACAUACACACACAAAGUACAUACCACACACACACACACACACACACA